AAUCGGGGUUCAAACCAACGGGCAUAGUCGAUGGCUAAAGCUAAUAUAUAUUUAGGCCCAAUUUAAGAUAAAUAUGUUACCUAUGUAUCUAAGCUUAUGCCUACUGAAGAUUAAAAGGGGGUAUGAUAUAUUCAUACAGAUACAGUACUAUAUAUAUCUACAUCCAUUUCUGUAUAACAAAAGUAUGCAAGAAGUUGAGAAUAUUUAUGAACAAAGAUGUUUAAAGAUAUUAAAGAAUAUUGAUAAAACAAAUAUUCACAAUUUGCCAGAACCACAGAAAUGCCAAUAUUUACAGACAAUUGCUCAGUUUGUCUUAGAACUGACCUAUAUUGAUGAAUGUAAACUUGUUGAGGAAGAAUUUCCACCAGAGGAUCCAACAACAUUCUCUCGUGUUAUGUUUAUUAUAGAUACAUUAAGUAGAGUUGAUAAUCUAGCACAACUACUUCUGCCGAAUAAAUCUAUUUUGGAAAGUUUAGGCCCUGACAUAUUGGAGUGUUUACAUUGGCGGAAAGGAGCAUUAUUUUACAUGUACUGUCACACUCUUAAUGCCAAGCAGGAACCUUCAGGUUUUCCAGAUCACUAUCAAAAGUGUUUAGAAAAUGGAGUUGAACAUUUGAAGUCUUUGCUGUGUACAAGAAAUAAACCUCAAUGGUUAAGAAUGGUUGAUGGCCAGGUCUGUGAUAGAGAAUAUGAAGAAGAUGAUCAUACUUUUUUACUUACUGAAGGUUUGUACAGUGACAUUCAUCUUCUGGCUCUCAUGUACUGUGGGGAGCUUUGUUACUGGCUUAUUCAACACAGCAUCAGGCCAGAACACUCUCCUGUCACUGAGGUAGUCAGCUCCGACACUUCUAGUUUUCCUACCUCUCAGGGUAAGCCUGAACUCAAUGUUGACAGUAGAACUAUAAACUGGGAUGUGUAUAGACAAACAGGUCAGGCUUGUUUAAAAGUUUAUAUAAAGUCUGCUACUGGUCCGCUGUCACCUGGAGGAUGGAGCACAAAUAGAGCGGAGGAAAUUAUAAACUAUUUGAAUUGUCAUUAAAAAUGCCACAGAG